UCUAUUUCAUUCCAGAAAAUGGAAAACACCAAUCAACAAAACAAUUCUCAUCGAAGGGCAGAUUUCCCACCAAGCUUGUGGGGUUGUAGCUUCGCUUCAUUUCCCUUCCCCCAAACGGAAUUCGAGUCAUACAGCCGACAAGUAGAAGUGUUGAAAGAAAAUGUGAAGGACAUGCUGACGGCUUCCAAAAAGGAUCCAGUGGAACAUAUUGAAUUCAUUAAUCUGUCAUGUCGGCUUGGUGUGUCAUAUCAUUUUGACGACGAGAUUGAAAACAGCCUCAAACAAAUUUUUGCUGACCUUCCUAAACUUCUUGAGAAGCAUGACUGUGAUCUCUACACUUUAUCACUACUAUUUCGAGUAUUGAGACAGCAUGGAUUCAAAAUGCCUUGCGUUGUGUUCGACAAGUUCAAGGACACCAAUGGAGAGUUUAAGAAAACAAUCAUCAACGAUGUUAAAGGCAUCCUGGGCUUGUAUGAAGCUUCAUUUUUAAGUGUGCAUGGGGAACAGGUACUGGAUGAAGCCCUUGUUUUCACAAAGGCAAACCUGGAGUCUUUGGCUAUGCAAUCAAGCCCACGUCUAGCAGACCAUAUUAGGAAUGCUUUGAUCCGGCCCUUUCACAAAGGCGUACCAAGAAUAGAGGCUAGAAAAUACAUCUCUUUCUACGAAGAAGAUGAGUCUCGGAAUGACACUCUACUCAAGUUUGCCAAGAUAGAUUUCAAUCGAGUUCAGUUAAUACAUCGACAAGAGCUAUCCAUUCUCUCGAGGUGGUGGAAUGAUUUAAAUUUUGCCGAGGAGUUUCCAUAUGCAAGAGAUAGAAUUGUAGAGGUCUAUGUCUGGGCAAAUGGAGUCCAUUUCGAGCCUCAAUAUGCUUUCUCUCGGAUGAUGGUCACGAAAUAUUUAAAAAUGAUAUCACUGGUAGAUGAUACAUAUGAUGCAUAUGCAUCUUUCGAAGAAAUACAACAUUUUACUAAUGCAAUUGAAAGAUGCAGCAUGAAUGCUCUUGAUCAACUACCUGCCGAUUACAUGAAAGUUCUUUAUAGAGCUUUUCUGAAUCUUUUCAACGAAACUGAGAAUGAUAUGGGAAAGCAAGGAAGAUCCUAUGCCUCAUAUUAUGUGAAGGAGGAACUUAAAGAAUUGGUGAGAGGCUACCAUACGGAGGCGGGGUGGGCAGAUAAAUGCCAUGUCCCAACAUUCGAUGAGUAUGUGCGCAAUGGAUUAGCCACAAGUUGUUAUGGGGCAAUUAUGGCAACAUCCUUCCUUGGAAUGGAAGAAGUUGCAGGAGGGGAGGAGUAUGAAUGGCUAAAAAGUAAUCCAAAAAUUCUUUCUGCUGGAAAGAUGAUCGGUCGCUUGAUGAAUGACAUAAUGGGCCACGAGGAUGAACAAAAGCGAGGAGACUGUGCAUCCGGUGUUGAAUGCUACAUGAAACAAUAUGAUGUAUCGGAGAAGAAAGCAAUUGAAGAGAUACAAAAGAUGGUCGCAAAUGGAUGGAAGGACAUCAAUGAAGAUUGCAUGAGGCCAACUAAUGCUCCAAUGCCUCUCCUUCAACAUAUUGUUAACCUUGCUCGAGUUACCGAUGUUAUGUAUGAGAAUGAUGACGCCUACACAAUUCCAUCAAGUUUAAAAGAUUAUGUCGCUUUAUUAUAUAUUGAGCAAGUGCCGUGUUGUGUUUUUUAUGAAUCAGUUGUGUUCGACAAGUUCAAGGACACCAAUGGAGAGUUUAAGAAAACAAUCAUCAACGAUGUUAAAGGCAUCCUGGGCUUGUAUGAAGCUUCAUUUUUAAGUGUGCAUGGAGAACAGGUACUGGAUGAAGCCCUUGUUUUCACAAAGGCAAACCUGGAGUCUUUGGCUAUGCAAUCAAGCCCACGUCUAGCAGACCAUAUUAGGAAUGCUUUGAUCCGGCCCUUUCACAAAGGCGUACCAAGAAUAGAGGCUAGAAAAUAUAUCUCUUUCUACGAAGAAGAGUGGUGGAAUGAUUUAAAUUUUGCUGAGGAGUUUCCUUAUGCAAGAGAUAGAAUUGUAGAGAUCUAUUUCUGGGGAAAUGGAGUCCAUUUCGAGCCUCAAUAUGCUUUCUCUCGGAUGAUGGUCACGAAAUAUACAAAAAUUGUAUCACUGGUAGAUGAUACAUAUGAUGCAUAUGCUUCUUUUGAAGAAAUAAAACAUUUUACUAAUGCAUUAGUUGGCCUCAUGCAAUCUUCAUUGAUGUCCUUGUGA